AUGCGAUCGGAAAUGCCCGAGCUAGAUGCCAAGGGCCCGACACAUGUCUUGGAACCUCCUCCAGAGUAUGAGCAGGUCCUGCCACCGCUCACAAAUACCACCGAGCGCAAGUUGAUGGCCAAGAUUGACUGGCACAUCUUGCCAUGUCUGUGUGUGCUGUACCUGCUUGCUUUCUUGGAUCGAGUGAACAUUAGCAAUGCUGCAAUUCUCGGACUCAAGGAGGAUCUGCAUUUGCAAACUGGCACGAAAUACAACACCGCAUUGACCAUCUUCUUCGUGCCGUAUAUUCUCCUCGAGAUUCCAUCCAAUAUUAUUCUCAAGAAGUUGAAGCCUCAUGUUUGGUUGUCGCUUUGCAUGUUUGGCUUUGGCCUCGUCAUGAUUUGCCAGGGUCUCGUGACAAGUUGGGGUGGAUUGAUGACCACCCGAUUCUUUUUGGGUGUGUUUGAAUCGGGCAUGUUUCCAGGAUGCUUCUAUCUGAUGGGUAUGUGGUAUAAGCGAAGCGAAGCACAGAAGCGGUUCAGCUUCUUCUUCAGCUCCACGACGCUUGCGGGCGCCUUUGGUGGCCUGUUGGCGUAUGGAAUCGGACAGAUGGAUGGAGCUCGUGGGUGGAGAGGUUGGCGCUGGGUGUUCGUCAUCGAGGGUGUUAUCACCUGUGUCUUCGCCAUUGUGUGGUUCUUUGUGCUGCCAGACUUUCCCGAAGAGGUCAAGUGGCUGACUGAGGAAGAACGCGAGUUCGUGCGAGUGAAGUUGGCCAAAGAUGUCGGCAAAUCGGCUCACCACAUCAAGAUGGGCUGGCGCGAGGUCGUCGCGGUUCUCAAGGACUACCGAGUUAUUAUCGGAGGAUUCAUGUACUUUGGUCUCAUUGUCCCUGCUUAUGGUCAGUAUCUCGUGCGUCAUCGUUGGGGCUUCUACAUGUUGUGUUAUGCGUACUUUGCGCCUUCCAUCAUCAAAAGCUACGGAUAUUCUCCUGUCAAAACUCAACUGUACUCCGUUGCGCCAUGGGCGGCCGCAUUUGCCUUUUCUCUGGUCAUCGCCUGGUGUUCUGAUCGCCUGAGAUUCCGCUUUGCAUUCACAAUCAUUCCGAUCUGCCUGGCCAUUGCGGGAUUCGCCAUGUUGACCAGCAUUCAUGGCACGGAGAACCGGUCGGCCGAGUAUGGUGCACUGUUCCUUGUCACCAGUGGAGCUUACAGUGCCAUGCCUGUCAUCGUCUGUUGGUUUGCAAUGAACCUUGGAGGCCAUCAUCGACGCAGUGUCGGUUCGGCCUGGCAGAUUGGCUUUGGCAACAUCGGAGGCAUUAUUGCCACCUAUUCCUUCUUCGACAGUGACGCACCAUACUACAAGACGGGAUACAGCAUUUGUAUCUCGUUCUGCUGUCUGUCCAUUCUGGCCUGCACGAUCUACGGCUUCGUUCUCUGGCGUGAGAAUCGCAAGCGCGAUAACGCACCUAUCGACGCACGACCUCCACCCGCUGAGGAGGAGUAUCUCGGUGACCUUGCCCCAAGCUACCGAUACCAGCUCUGA